CAAUUAUUCCCAGAUUAAACAAGUCAAACCCAUAUUGGCCCAGGGCCUGAUGGGUGGCAACUACUAAUGCCCAAUUGAUCAUCUCUCCAUUUGGCCAAACCCCGUCCAAUACUCUUGAGGUCAUGCCAAAAAUGUCUGAAAACUCAAUGUGGUUCCCUACCACACUUAGAAGUCCUUGGCACGCUGUAAAGACUGCAGUCAAAAGCAUGCAUCACUUUAUCCAAAAGCACCGGUCUGCUGAUCUGGGUUAGUCAUUCCCAAUGGCCCUGGCUGACCUCAGGAUGCUGUCACAGUGGCUCGCAUCACAUGUCAUACAUACCGUAACCUCACAAAUACAAGAAGCAUUUGGUGGAGGGCACUUUCACAACCCCUGCCAGAUGACCAUAGCAUGUACUAUGCUGCUGAGAACUCAGAAAAUCAAUCAUGACAACUUCUGUAUAAAUGGUUGCCAUAUGGCACCCUUGCAAAUACCUGUGCAUUCAUAAGGACACCCCUAUCUAUGACGACCUGACCUCUAGAUCAGGGUCCUGUUGCAAAAUCAACUUGCUUCUAGCGUUGCCUGAUGACAGAAGAUCAGCGCAGUACAGCACAGAACAGCAAAUUAUCCCUAUCAAUACACUGCGAGAAUCUGCUGCACACUCUAGUACUAGAGUGACUCUAAUGAUCCUAAUGGCGGCCUCACGGCAGCACAUAUAUACAAACAGAGCUUGGAAUAAGCAAAUGAAAUCGCAUAACCCCUGAUGGAAUCGCACCGUCGAGGGUGCUUAACAGUCAGAUAACCUUUGACAAGGCUGCGCAAAUCGCUGCCACACAUGCGCAGGCAUGCUGAUGAGGAUAACCUGAAAACUUAAGUUGUUAUUGCCCUAAAACCUGCCUGACCUCAACCCGCACAAGAUGUACACACACCAGACACAUGCCUGACCCCUAACUUACCAAGCCUAAUCCUAAGCACAACCAGUCGUUCGCGAGGGCCUUCUG